AUGAACAAACAAGCAAGACAACAACAGACUAGUAUUAAUAGUAGUAGUAGUAGUAGUUAUAUAUCAUACUAUAUUUAUAAUAAUAAUACUUUUACAACAACAACAACAUCUUCACGACGAUCAUCACCAACAACAUUAUCAUCUGAUCAAUAUCUAAGAUACUCUAAGAUGGAUCCAUCAUCUCUAUCCAAUCCACAAGAUGCCAAGGUCAACUCACUUCACUUGGUUUUAGACGUUGAGUUUGCUACCUCACGUCUUGUAGGUUAUGUCGACGUUCGUUCAGUUCUUCAAUCAGACUCUGUUUCAACUUUAAUCCUCGAUUCAAACAAUCUUGAAAUCUCAAAGGUUACUGAUCUUGAGAACAACCCAAUCAAUCUUGGAGCUGUUCACUCAAUCUUUGGUACACCAGUUGAAAUUGAAAUUGCUGAAGGACAACGUGGAAAGAACAAAGAGUUUAAUGCUCGUGUCUACUACAAUACCACUCCUUCCUCUGUUGCUCUUCAAUGGUUAAAGCCAGAACAAACUGCUGGUAAGAAGCACCCAUACUUGUUCUCUCAAUGUCAAGCAAUUCAUGCAAGAUCAUUAGUACCAUGUCAAGAUAGUCCAAGUAACAAGGUUACCUAUUCAGCUCAAAUUACAGUUGAUUCACCAUUGACUGCUUUGAUGUCUGCCUUGUCAACUGGUAAAAAGGAGAAUGGAGACAAGACAGUUUUCACCUUUGAACAAGAUAUUGUCAUUCCAACCUACUUGAUUGCCAUCGUUGUUGGUAACUUGGACUCUAGAAAGAUUGGUCCACGUUCACAUGUAUGGUCCGAGCCAGAGACAGUUGCAGCCGGUGAGUUUGAAUUUGCCAACACUGAAAAGUUUAUCGCUGCCGGUGAAUCGAUCCUCACCCCAUACAUUUGGAAGAAAUACGAUGUCCUCUUAUUGCCACCAUCGUUCCCAUACGGAGGUAUGGAGAACCCAAUGUUGACAUUUGUCACCCCCACUUUGAUUGCCGGUGAUCGUUCACUCGAGAAUGUCGUUGCUCACGAGAUUGCCCAUUCGUGGUGCGGUAACUUGGUCACCAACAAGUAUUGGUCCGAAUUUUUCUUGAACGAGUCGUUUACCGUCUUGUUGGAACGUAAGAUCAUUGAACGUUUGACCAACAAUGAAAUGUUCCAAUUUGAAAGUAUCAAUGGUUUCAAGCACUUGCAAGACGACAUUGACACUUUUGGUCAUGAUAACCCCUUGACUGCCCUCCGUCCAAACCUCGACGGUAUCGAUCCAGACGAUGCCUUUUCCUCGGUGCCAUACGAAAAGGGUUUCAACCUCCUCUGCUACCUCGAAACAUUGGUUGGCGUCAAAGACUUUGAAGCUUGGCUCAAGGCUUACAUCACCAAGUUUGCCUACCAAUCCAUCACUGCCCAACAAAUGAAGGACUUUUUCGUCGAAUACUUUGAACAACUCGGCAAAAAGGAUGCCAUCGCCGUCGUCGAUUGGGAAACCUGGUUCAACGCUCCAGGUCUUCCACACACUUGUUGCAAAUUCGAAUCAAAACUUGCCGAUACUGCAAAGGAACUCGCUAAAAAGUGGAUCUCUACCAAAGGUGAAGGUUUCAACAAUGAUUCUGAAUUUAAACAAUUUAAUUCUGCUCAAAUUAUUUUAUUCUUGGAUACAUUAAUUACAGAGACUGAAAAGGAGAAAUUAUCAGUUGAUGUUUUGGAAAAGAUUGAUAAUCUUUACAAGUUGAGUGAAACCAAAAACUCUGAAUACAAAAACAAGUGGUACACUUUGUGUCUUCGUCAUGGCAUUCAAAAGAUUGAACCAUUGGUUGUCAAGUUUGUCACUAGCCAAGGUAGAAUGAAAUUCACUCGUCCACUUUACAGAGAACUAUUCAAGGUUAACAAGGAUUUGGCUCAAUCCACUUUCAAGACUCAUCGUCAUUUCUAUCAUUCCAUUUGUAGUAAAAUGGUUGCAAAGGAUUUGGCUCUUGAAUAA